UACACCCCAUGUCAUUAUUUCCGGUGCGUCUGUUCCAACAUGGCAGCGCCCGAUACAGUGAGAGGGAUAUCCGAGGAAAACAGCAUUGACACGGUACAAAUAUUACCAGAGUCCACAUCUGGAGAACUGAAAAGACCUCAAUUCGGAACCCGUUUCCUGACAGAUCCUCGUCAGGUUUUUCAGCAUAACGCAUGGGACAAUGUGGAGUGGACAGAGGAGCAAGAGGCUGCAGCCAAAAAGAAGGUGCAAGAAAACAGUCAGCCCCUCCCUCUAGAGAAGCAAGAGGACUUUGACUGUCGGGCAAAUGCAUACUGGAAUGACUUCUACACCAUCCAUGAGAACCGCUUCUUCAAAGACCGCCACUGGCUCUUCACAGAGUUCCCCGAGCUUGCUCCCCAGUGUCGCUUCAACCAGGGGUCCUAUGCUGCCGGUGGCGUGGCUGGGACAUCCUGCCCACACGAUCUGGAUCAAGGCCGGAGCCCAAGCAGUCCAGUUACUGGGCAGCAUCCAGCCCCUGUAGAUGGUGAUUUCCCAGGAUCCAAUGCCACGUACCGCAUAUUGGAGGUGGGCUGUGGAGUUGGCAACACUGUCUUUCCCAUUCUGAAGACCAACAAUGACCCGGGGCUCAUUGUCUACUGCUGUGAUUUCUCCAGCACCGCUGUGGAGCUGGUCAAGAGUAACUCGGACUACGACCCCGGGCGUUGCUUCGCCUUCGUUCACGACCUGAGCGAUGAGGCCGCCGUCUACCCUGUCCCAGAUGCCAGCCUGGAUGUCAUUGUGCUCAUUUUCGUGCUCUCAGCGCUCCACCCUGAUAGGAUGCAGGCCUCCGUCUGCAGACUGGCUCGGCUUCUGAAACCUGGUGGGGUACUGCUGCUCCGGGACUACGGUCGCUAUGACAUGGCACAGCUACGCUUCAAGAAAGGAAGGUGUUUGUCAGACAACUUUUAUGUCCGGGGUGAUGGAACACGAGUCUAUUUCUUCACUCAAGAGGAGCUCCAUGGCUACUUCAGUGAAGCCGGCCUGGAGAAGGUCCAGAACAUGGUGGACCGGCGGCUGCAGGUGAAUAGAGGCAAACAGCUGACCAUGUACCGUGUUUGGAUUCAGUGCAAGUACCGCAAGCCUCAUACCCAACCACCAGAGUGCCAGGACUGAGCCCAGAGAAGCGGAGAGAACAAGCCAACGGAUCAUCGGACCAGUGUCUGGGGUCUGACGCAGAAGUGGGGCCGCUACCCCCCCCCCCCCCCCCCCGGAAAGGGUGCAAAGAAGUGGGACUGCUCUGUUAGACCAUUGUGACGACGGACACCAUGGAAAUUGAUUCAUGGGUGACGUGUGUGCAAAGCGUUAGACAUGUUUUGCUAUUGGGUUCCCUCAGGGCCAUUUUGUCCACGCAGCUUUUGGUUCCCCCAGGUGCUUUUCUAUAAUGUACCCCUAACUUGACUCACAAACGACAUAUGUAGAAAGCUGAUGAUGAGCUCAGCUAAACAAAGGGCUGGAAAACCAACAUGUAUGUUUACAUUCAACACAGUUGUUUGCCAUAAUUCAUUAUUUUAAAUAAAUUGUGCUGAUGAGUUAUUUUAGUAUAUCAUGUUACAUUCACAUCUUUUUAAAAUGAAUAAAAAGCAGUGUGUAAAC